AUGGAUUCCUCGAAGGCUGCCUCGAGCAAUGUCACCGUUGAAUACACGGACCCUUUUGGAUUAUUUCCUCUAGUACAGCCGAUCAUUGAAUCAAAAUUACCACUCAAGAACUUGCAUUGGAAGUCACCGACUCGGCCCGUACGAUCCAUCGAGUCCCUCCGCAUUGGCUUCUCGCGUGCCCAGACCGAAUCUACCGAGCGACAUCUUUCAAGCGAUGACAAAGGGCCCGUAUCGCAUCGGCGACACCAAAUCCCUGGCCUGCGUCAGACACCUUACCUCAAGAUCUACCUUCUCCGCUGUGACGAUAAUGAGACGUACAAGGCCACGGCGCGAAAGACUCUCCGGGAAUGGAUCAAGGCUCAUGGGUCGCCGAGCGGUACCCAACCGACGGGCGGUAGUAGCCAAGAGAAGCAUGAUGCUUUCGACUGGCUGAUCUUGCAUGUGGUCCAGGACAAUGAAGGCGCAGAGAGGAACGCCUCGUCCACCUCGAAAUGGGGCCGAGGGUCCACAACGGUUUUGGAGAAGAUCAAAGCGGACUUUAAUGGCACGUCAAAAUCAGCGCCUGAUCGAGUUGCGCAAUUACGCGCCCCGAAGGAGGGCGUCUCCGCCAAAUCUCCCGAGUUGGCAGAUCAACUGGAGGAUUUGAUUGAUAAGAUCAAGAAGGGGAUACUUGCGUCAUUCGAUCUGCGCGUGGCACAAUACGAGGAAGAUAUAAAAGAAAAGGACUCGCAGAGGAGUCUUCCAGGUUGGAACUUUUGCACUUUCUUCAUUCUGAAGGAGGGCCUGGCGCGAGGAUUUGAGAACGUUGGUCUUUUCGAAGAUGCUCUGCUCGGAUACGACGAACUGUCUUUCGGUCUCGAUGCGGCCAUACGCGACCAAUUAUAUGGGAGUGGUGAGCAGCACGGUACAACACUAUCCAAUUCCAGCAAAGAAUGGACAGAGGCUGCUCGUGAACUACUCAGUUCCGAUGUAUUGAUCAGCGAUGGAGGAGAGAACCCCGAGGCUGCAAGCCUAGAUAUCAGUCCAGAGCAAUUCCCUCUCAGUGCGUCAAAACUGCCGUACCGGGAAAUGAUUCUAGCGAGCGAUAUAUCCUUGUUCGAUUUCCGCACUUAUGUCUUCGCUCGACAGCUUACUCUGCUGCUUCGAGCAGCCAGAGCUCCCUCAAUUUUCACGGGCGAGAUGGCCAAGCGCGAAUGGAAGGCGGAAGAUUUCAUGCUGCUUGCAGAGAUUUGCUCAAGGUCACUGGAUUUCAUCAGCCUUGCUGCCCGCAAUCUUCGAUACGUUCUGGAAUGUGCUUUGGAGGAUGUAACCAACCCUUCCAAGACUGGUGUUAUCAAUAAUCUCGUGUCAACAUGGGCGUAUUCGGCAGCCCUACAAAUUCUGAACCAAACUUUCACGCCUAACCUGGCUCUUCCCGAAUCAACAAUUCAUGCCACAUCUCAGGCAGGCAAAGCUGCUUCCCGCGCUGCCUCGAUGAGUGAGAGUCGCAGCGAGAUCCCACGCCGUUCCAGCUCCCUGAUUGGGCCAGUCACGAACCUCGCACUUCGGCCAGUGACUCAGGACUUGUCUGACACACCGACUGGGCCUAUGCAACGGCGUUCAACACUGGACCAUUCCAAGCCUGCCCCAAAAAUGCCGCCCAAAACUGGCUCAGAGCAGCUGGCUUCUGCAAGAGGAGAGCUUUGGCUUCUGGCUCGACGUUGUCUGACUGAAAUUGCUCAACGUCGGGGUUGGUCUGAGAAUUGGAGUGAUCUGAACCUAUUGUUUGGCGACAAUCUUGGCUCUAUCAGUGCCGUCACGAGCGGAUUUGCGGAAGUCUCGCUCGGUGACAAGCCUGCCACUGAGCCGCGUGACUCGACUGAGCGUCAGGAAACAACCUUGGUUGGUGUCAAUUUCCCUGCUUUGAAAGCAGGGUUACAGUCAAAGCAGCGCUUCCUCUCUCUCUAUGAGGAGCUGACGGACGAAAUGAUACGCCACUUCGCAGUUGCCAAUCGGGCCAAUUCGACAGAAACCGCACUUGCCGACAUCGCAAUCUUGCGAUACCGAGAAGGCGACUAUGAGACUGCAGCUUCUUAUUUCCAUCGAAUGGUCCCGUUCUUCGGUAGCAAAUCAUGGACAGUCUUGGAGGGCAGCAUGCUAGAACUGUACGCCCGUUGUCUGAAACAACUUGGUCGUAAUGAGGACUACGUGCAUGUGAUGCUGCGCUUGCUUGCCAAGUUCGCGACUUUUGCUCAGUCCAAGUUGACUGUGAGAGAACGGUCACUGGCCACUCCACCAUCGAUUUUGCAAUUGGAACAACUCGCAGGAUAUGUAGCGGAUCUCUUCAAUGGAGCGUCGAAUAUGCAAAACGAUAUUACUGCACCAUUGACGGAUUACUUCGCGGACCUUCGCAUUGAUCCCGCUAUCCAAAUUUUCGGGGACAGGGAUGGCUUCCAGAUCUUAGUAUCUCUGAGAUUCCUCGUAGGACCUCAAGUCGGCAUUGAUUCUGUCAAGGUGCGACUGGUCAGCGAGAGCGGCGUUCAGCAUUCAGAGCACUGGAUCGAAAGCUCGAAGGCUUGCGUUGUGAAGUCGUCACGGACGGUAUUGCGCGUUGAUUCUACGAUCACGCUCCAUGGAAAGUACUUUGUCGACCGCAUUGAGCUCAAGUCUGGAAAUAUUACCUUCUCCUUCGACAGUGGAAGCCAUUCUGCUCUUCCUGUUGGCUUUCGUGAGUCUGAUGAAGGCGCCGAAGGUGAUAAACGGCCCUAUGUCUACUGUUAUCCCGCUCCGGGUGGAUUACAAGCAAAGGUGGUAUCGCCGCGUCUGAUCAACCUAGAAGCAAUGCGUGCUUUGGAGUUGGAACUUCAGAGCGGACGGGACGAGAUCAGCUCAGGGACAAUCCGUGUUCGACCAGCCACUGCCGGCCUUCGCCUACGAAUUGCGGAAGUUGAAGUCGUCGAUGGAGGUGUCCAGGUGAAAUCCGAUCCAGACCUCGGUACGAUAGGCUUCGCAAAGCUCUCGGCACAGAGCUCGGUGCGAUUGCGUAUUCCUUAUACGGUCGAGGAGGCUUAUACAACACUCUCUGCGCGCACCGAGAUCAAUUAUAAAACCGAUCACGGCGACUUUUCCUUUUCAACAACACACAAUAUCGUGGCUGCGUUGCCAAUCUCUGUGAACGUACAGGACAUCUUCAAGGAGACAAUACUAUUUUCCAGAUUCACCAUCAGUCCAGCGAUGCUCGUCCCAUUGCGUAUCACCAAUUGCAGCCUACCGAGCUCUGACGUCUAUGAGGUCGAAUCGAGUGUUACAGGUCCAGUGGCCAUGGAUGUAUUUCCCAAGCAGCCUGGAUCGCUGCUGUACAAGAUCCGGCCCACGGAGUCGACGAGCAUUUUCAACGGCAAUGGCGCCGCAGCACCUCGCAGUCUUCGACUACGCGUAGACUUUACCUGCGUGGAUGAUGAAUGUUUUGCUGCAGUUGAGAACCUAUUUCUGUCUGCUAUCCAGUCGAGCCCAUUCGCCCAGUACGCAACACUGCUCGCACCGCAUAUUGUGAACAGUUUCCGUGCUCAACUCUCCACUGCUGAUCUGGAAGCCAUUGGUCUAGUUCGAGAGGUGGAGAUGCUCUCUUAUCAAAGCGUACGCUGGGAGCCUUUGUUGAGCGCUCUGAAGGAGCCGAUUGAAAACAUGCGACAGUGGCUUUCUGGCUGGCAUCAGAGCAACCCGAUCAUUCGCCUUCCCGAUCAGGCGUCGACACUCACUCGCAGUAUCAUCAUACCCGUCGACAUCCCCGAAAUUCAAGUAGUGCAUACAGCUGAGUUACGAGUGCGACCCGAUGAAAGUGGUGCCCGCCACCCUCACGCUCCGAUUCCUCACGUGGCUGUGGGUCAACUGAUCGCGGCCGAGUUACGCAUUCGCCAUACCCGACGAUGGUGCUCACCCACCAACCGAGUCCACGCCGACCAGCCCCUUGAGUGUUCAUACGAAAUCCACGCAAACCCGGACCAGUGGCUCCUGGGAGGUCGUCGACGUGGAAACCUCUUGGCCCGCGAGGGCGAAACUACCCACUUCACAAUCUUGCUUCUUCCCCAAAAACCGGGCCACCUCCUUCUUCCUGGCUUGGAGAUCCGGACCUUUGCACCUCCCACGCCGUCGACCAAUCCCUCCGUGUCUUCUCCAACGGCGGAUGUCAUGGGUGGGGGCGCCACGGGUUCCGGUCAACGCCAGGCCAUUGCCUGUGAGGUGGAUUAUCGAAAUCACAGCGACAGUGUAUUGGUGUUGCCGGAUCUGCGCAAGACCACGGUCAGCCUCAGCGCCUCGGGCAGUCCCGGUGGAUCAUCGUGGCUGGUGGAUUCGGAACGCCGUGUGGAGGCCUAA